UUAGUUGCCGAUUCCCUUUCUUUCUUGUUUUCUUUUUUCUUUCCCAAAACACAAUUAUAAUUUUGUUUAUAUAAAACCAAAUCAGACAAUCUUAACCGAACGAAAACUUCCUUAUAUAUAAUAAGUACAUGCAUGUAGAGCUUAUAAAGCUAGCCGUAUAUUUCAAAAGCUCAUUAUAAGAGUUCUCGCCCAACAGCCAACUUAGUCUUGACGAGAGCUAUAGAUAGAUAGAAGAGAUUAAGUUUCAUAAUUUGCAUAGUGAUUAUGGGGAGGGAAAGCCAUGAAUACCCCACUCAAGUGGUUCAUUCCUCCAUUGCUUUGCUUCAAGAGCGAUUCAGAGAGCUGCAGAGAGUGAAAGAAAUGAGGGAAGAAAAGGAGCUUCUCAGAAUGCUUUCCGAACCUAAAAAUAGUACUUACAAACAGUUCGAUAUGAAAAGUCUCACUCUCACAUCUCAAUCUCAGUACUACUACGAGCCAGCCAAGUUGUUUUUCCAACCUGAUUUGGUGCCUCAGCAAACACCAACGCCCCAAGUAUCUCUCUCGCUGUGGCCAACGUUUCAGAACAGCUUUGAGGAACAGUACCACUAUGUUAGUAGCAGCUUUAAUGAGAGUCCUCUGUUGAUGAAAGCAUGGCCCAUGAUAGUGAACUCGCCUUCUUUUCAACCUUCCAUGAACAAAUCCCAAGAUUAUGUUGAUCAUGAAGCUGAUGUUGAUACCUCUCUUCAUCUGUAAAACAAUAUUAUUUAGUUACGUAUACUAGCUAUAUAAUGCUUCGUUUAUUAUUCCUGGUAAUGUAGUAGUGGUACCAUAUUAUAUUAUCAAUACAUGAAACUAGAUAUCCUUGAUUUUAAGUGUA